AUGAUCUGCAAGGUGGCUGACGGGCUGUACCUGGGCGACCACAAUGCCCCGUACGAGGUCAAGAACUUACCGUUCUACAAUAACCUGACGCACAUUCUGAGAUUGGGGGAGUACGACGACGAGGGCCUCCACGGCCACUACGCCGUCAUGGAGGUCCCCCUGUUGGACGAGGACGAGGCCAACCUGCUCGACGUGCUCGCGCGGUGCAUCGCGUUCCUCCAAAAGGGCGCCGGGGUCCCCGGCAAGUGCGCGCUCGUGCACUGCCACGCCGGCGUCAGCAGGUCCGUGGCGGUGGCGUGUGCGUUUGUGAUGUCGACGACGCACUGCUCUCUGCAAGAGGCGCUCGCGGGCGUGCGGCAGGUGCACCCGGGCGCGCAGCCGAACGAGGGGUUCAUGGCGCAGCUGGCGCUCUUCGCGGACAUGGGCUGCCGCAUCGACAACGACCACACCGGAUACAGGAAGUUCUGUGCCGAACAGAUGUCGUUCGACUUCCAGCAGGCGGGCUACGUCGACGAGGAGCGGCUCGCCGAGGUCGUCGAGGGCGCCGCGGGGGGCUCCGGCACGCUCCGCUGCCGCAAGUGCCGCCGCGUCCUGGCGACGGGCACCAGCAUUCUACCCCCACAGGAGGCGGCGGGCGCGGGAGGGGGGGGGUUCCGGUACCGCCGGCGGCCGGCCGCGGACACGGGCCGCGACGAGUCCUCGCUGUUCCUCGAGCCCAUGCGGUGGAUGGAGGGCAUAGUUGGGGAGACGCAGGGCAAGAUAUGUUGUCCCAAGUGCGGCGCGCGGCUUGGGCACUUCAACUGGGCAGGGCUGCAGAACACCGCGGGGGCGUGGGUGACGCCCGGGUUCCAGAUCCACCGCUCGCGCGUGGACUGGGAGCCGCCCGCGGACGCCGCCGGGGCGUUCGCGGGUCCCGUGGUCGCGCAACCACGCACGUUGCCGGCGUCGUCCCCGGGCGCGCUCGAGUUCAUCGUCUUCGACUGCGACGGCGUCCUCGUGGACACGGAGCGCGCGUCGUGCGAGUCGCUCCGGCGCGCGAUUUUGCAGGUCACGGGCUCCGACAUCCCCCACAAGUUCCCGGAGGACUAUUACCCGGUGUUCGGGAUGGACGUGCGGUCCUGCGUGGAGUUCUACAAGGCGCAGCGGCCGGAGAACGCGUCGUGGGACGUCGACGGCGUGGCCAGCGCGGUGGCGGCGGCGAAGGAGGGGAUCUAUGAGGAGCUGACGUCAGGGGGUAUCACGGCGUGGGACGGGGCGCGGGAGGUCGUCGAGGCGGCGCUGCGGGCCGGCGUUCCCGUCGCGGUCGGGUCGAGCGGGUCGCCGGCGAAGAUCAAGCGCAACCUCGAGCUCUCGGGGCUCUCGCCGCUCUUCGACCCCACAAAGGUCGUGAGCGCGAAGGAGGUCGGCCGCGGCAAGCCCGCACCGGACGUCUACCUCGAGUGUUUGCGGCGACUAGGGUGCGCCGAUGCUUCCCGGGCGCUGGUCGUCGAGGACGCCGUGAACGGGUGCAUGGCCGCGAGGGCCGCGGGGUGCUUCGUGGCCGCCGUGACGAACUCGCUGCCGCGGGACAGGCUCGCGGCGCACGCGGACGUGGUGGUGGGAAACAUCCGGGAACUGUUGUCGCUCCCGUGGGCCAAGGCGGGCGGUGGACCGCUGCCCAGCUAG